UGGCUGUCCUAAAAGUUACUAAAUGACGUCAUCUCUCAAUUUGCAUAAUUGACCAUGUGCAUGUAUUUGUGAUGGAUGCUGUAGGAGAGAGGAAUAACGUCGUGGGAGAGACAAAGGAUUCUUGGCGACAGGGGACUCCUACAGGACCAUGGGAUUCAGCUUCCGAGUUGGACGGUCCACGGUGGCAGGCAUUGUCCCCUCUGUGGCACAAGCCAUUUGGGACUGUCUGGUUGGUGUAUACAUGCCUGUCCCCGAGGAAGACUGGAGGGCCAUUGCUGCCGAGUUCCCGGAGAGGUGGAAUUUCCCCAACUGUCUUGGCUCCAUUGACGGGAAACAUGUAGUAAUCCAGGCUCCACCAUGCUCAGGUUUGCAAUUCUACAACUACAAGGGUACAUAUUCAGUUGUACUCUUGGCUGUAGUAGAUGCCAUCUACUGUUUCCGUGUUGUCGAUGUUGGUGCUUACGGCAAGGGAAGUGAUGGCGGGACCCUCCGGGACUCUGCCUUCGGCCAGGCACUUCAGGAUGGCACCCUGGAUAUUCCACCACCUGCAUCACUCCCUGUGGCUGAAGACCUGGGACCUGUUCCCCACGUCUUUGUCAGCGAAGAGGCCUUCCCUUUGAGACCCAACCUCAUGAGGCCCUACGCUGGACCCCAGCUGCCAUUGCCAAAGCCUGUAAGGAUCUUUAACAAACGACUGUCCAGGGCAAGGUUAGUUGUUGAAUGCUUUGCGAUCCUGGAAGCCCGGUGGAGAAUGUAUCGGAGAGUGCUUGGUCUCAGCCCCUCAAAUGUUGAUGCCUGCAUGAAGGCCACGUGUUCUCCACAACUACCUGUGGAGGUCAUUCCAGGAGCCAAUCCGGAUGGCAACGGGCACGCCAAAUGGUCACCUACCUGAUGUCACCAGGGCAGGUGCCAACAACGCCCCCAGACAGGCACUCCAGGUGAGGGAGAAGCUGACCACCUACUUCUCAUAGCCAGCAGGUGAAGUCCCAUGGCAGUAUGCCGUGGAGUGAAACAGCUCUUUUAAGAACCAUCCAUUGUUGUCCAUAAAAUUGCAUUUUUCCCCAGAUUACUUUGUGUAUCAUUGUCUCUCUUCAUUUGGAAGUUAUAUUGAAGUGACAUUUGGGAGUAAAGAACACACCUUAACCCCUUCCUUCUCCCAUUAACAUCAGUAUUAUACACACCUGGCAUGGUACAUCAGGUGAGCGGGAGCACUAAUUAAGGUUAUACAACAUACAGUUAGUAUGAUAACAAAGGGAAAAGUUAACCUAGGGUCCAUACAAAUAGUACAGUUUACCACAAUAUUCACUGGUCUUACAAAAUACAGGUAGGAAGAGAAUGUGUUUUUACUUUCAUCUUGUCUUAGA